AUGGCAUUGACCAGUUGCAUGCAGGUUCCCUCAUCCUUCUUCGAUCCCAUCACCAUCGGCGACUUUGGGGAGAGCUUCAUUGACGGGGCAACAGGAGCAAACAACCCAGUGUAUGAGGUGUGGAAUGAAGCCCAAGACGUGUGGCCGUCUGGCUCGCUUGAAGACAAGGUCAAGUGUUUAGUGUCGGUUGGGACUGGGGUUCCGUCACUUACGCCGUUCAAUGACGAUCUCUUCGGCAUUGGAGAGAGUCUGCUAGUGAUUGCUACGGAGACAGAGAAAACAGCUGAGCGAUUCUCCAGGGAUAAAUCACGACUCGACGAUGCCGGCGGGUACUAUCGGUUUAAUGUGUUGAAAGGAUUGGAGGAUAUUAGACUGGAGGAGUCGAAGCAGAAGAACGCUAUCAUUGCGGCCACAGAUCGAUACAUCGAGUUACAGGCGGUAUUCAAGCAGAUGAAGAAAUGCGCUAAUCGGAUAUCCGGGAGAGAAUCUGACCAUGCCUCUUCCUUAGAUGUAGGAAGUUAUAAAACAGCAUUUAGCCUACAAGUUAUUCCUGUGGUGAAUAAGUUUGUCGACCGAACAUCUGAUAUGGAGGAACUGGAACUGGCUCUUCUGCCGCAGAGACAACACGACCGCCGGAAAGUGUUCGUGCUCUACGGACUGGGCGGAAUUGGCAAGACACAGCUUUGCGUAGAGUUCGCAAGGAAGCAGCGGCGCACAUUUAGCUCCGUAUUCUGGCUUGAUAGCAGAACAGAAGAUAGCCUUAAGGAGAGUAUUGCGACUUGUGCGAGCAGGAUCCCGGAAGGUCAAACAGCAGAGAGCAGCAGAGCGUAUUCAACUACAAACACAGGAGAUGUCGAUGCGGUGGUAAGGGAUGUGAUGAGCUGGUUGAGCCAGUCAGAUAAUAGGGACUGGCUAGUCAUCUUCGACAAUGUCGACAGAGAGUGUGGGGUGGACAACGCCGAUCCUGACGCAUACAAUAUCACACACUACCUCCCUCGAGGAGACCAUGGAUCGGUCUUGAUUACGACCCGACUUGCUAGCCUAGAACAGUUAGGUAGUUCACAGAAGUUAGGAAGGUUUAGUGAAAAGCAGGCGGAAGCUAUGUUCCAAAGCCGAUAUGGGGGUAGCUGUGAUUCUGGCGAGAGCAAGGAGCUAUUUAGGCUCCUUGAUGGCUUGCCACUAGCAAUUGCACAAGCUAGCGCAUAUCUACGUCAGAGCGAAAUCAGCGUUGCAAAAUAUAUCCAGCUGUAUAAUCAGCAAUGGAAGAGACUUAUGGAAUCUCAGGACAGAACCGGCGCGCCGCUUCGAGAUUACCCCGACCGCAGCGUGUUGACGACGUGGACGAUCUCGUACAAUGCUGUUCGGGCGAAAAGCACGGCCGCAGCGAACCUGCUUCUGCUCUGGGCAUGUCUCGACAACAAGGACUUGUGGUAUGGCCUUGUUGCAAGAGCAGGAAUGAAUUCUGCAGUGGCGGAGUCCUUGCCACGGUGGCUGGCUCGCGUCGCGAGCGAUGAAGUUGAGUUUGUUGCCGCAAUGCGACUUUUGUGCAGCUACUCCCUUAUUGAGGGCUUGCAGGACCUAUCAGGGUAUGAGACUCACCCAGUUGUGCACAGAUGGGCAUUACAUAUGCAAGAUGAGGAACAACGGACGGCCUUUGCCCAGCUUGCUGUAUUGAUAAUAGGUUGGGCAGUGCCUGAGACUACGGAGAAGGAGUACUCCAGUCUGCAGCGGCGACUUUUGCGUCAUGCACAUGCUUGCUAUGAGUGGGUCCUUAAUACGGGCUUUGGAGAGAACAGUACAAUGAUAGACGCGAUUAAUAUGUUAGGAGUGCUCUUCACGGACCGGGGUAAGCUGGGUGAGGCAGCCAAGAUGUUUAGGGAAGUGCUGGAGAAGAGGAAGCGGAUCCUCGGCGACGAACAUCCAGACACCAUCUCAGCGAUGAACAACCUCGCUUCCACGCUCGGAGACCAAGGCCAGCUGGACGAGGCAGCCAAGAUGAAGAGGGAAGUGCUGGAGAAGAUGACACGUAUCUUCGGUGACGAACACCCUAAAACAAGGGAAGCUACCGAAAAUCUAGAUGUUUCACUUAUGCGUAUAAAAAUUUCUCGCUCUAGACGCGGCAGUGUUUUCAGUUUCUACAGCUAA